GAUAAAGUUUGCUACACAUGCAGUAUGGUUACAUUGUGAAAACACCAAGUUCGUAUGGACUAUAGCUAUAUAUAUUGAGGAUGAGCUUUACAUCUGCCCUGAAGACUACUGACUUAAGUUUAAGAUUAUAGUCAUCACUCUGAUAUAUAUGUUGUAAUUGAUAUUUUGCAGGAUCCACAAAUUAUAACAGGCGUGGAAAUAUCAUCUGCAUCACCUCAAGUUUUCAUGAAUGUAAGUUUGGACGGUGAAAGUGGUAAUCGUAUAAGCAGAGACGCAAAACUCCAGCAAGAAAACAUUUCAAAGAUGGUAAAGGAUAAGGACACGGAUUCCUUACAGAAGUUUGGAGGCAUUCAAGGAAUUGCAGAGGCUCUGGAUACGAGUUUAGAGGAUGGAAUACGUGGUGAUGAGGAAGAUCUACGUUCUCGACGCAAAACCAGCACACUCUCGGCCACAACCCAAACUCCUGCACGAAGCUUCCUUCAAAUCCUCCUGAAAUCAUGCAAUAGUUACAUCAUUUUCCUUCUCUUCGUGUCUGCAGUGCUGUCACUUGGCUUUGGGAUCAAGGAGGAAGGACACAGGACUGGUUGGUACGAAGGGUUCAUAAUACUUCUUGCCAUUGUUGUACUUGUAGUUGUUCCUGCGCUUCGUGACAUCUGGCUCAAGCAUUCCCAAACAAUGAAAUGUACAGGAAAUCAGAAAGCAUUAGAAAUGUGGGAAAAUGUUGAUGUCUUCCGGGGUGGAUGCCAACAGAAAGUAUCCUUCUGUAAUGUUUUGCUGGGUGACAUAGUAUGCCUGGAGAGGGAAUAUCUAGUCCCAGCUGAUGGUUUGUUCAUAUCUGGUGAAUUCCUAAAACUAAAUGAUGGUUCAGAGUUCAUUGUUGAUAAAAAUAACCCUUUUCUGUUCUAUGGUGCAAAGGUGACGGAAGGAACUGGUCGCAUGCUUGUUACCACUGUAGGCAUGGACACAACAUGGGGUCAUUUAAUGAAGCAGGGUACGCAUGCCCCCAAAAAUACCCCUUUACCAGCAGAACUUGACAAGGUGAAUAUUGGCAUACAAAUUGCUGGGCUUUCAAUCUCAAUCCUCAUCCUAGUAGUGUUGUUCCUCCGUUUUAAGCUUGAAAAGAAAGAUGUUGACUCUAGCCCUCCAGACCUGAAGGGGAAACCAAUCUCAUGUGAGGAGAUAAUAAAUGCAAUCAAGAGAAUUGUUCUGAAACCAAAUGGGAAGAUCAGUACCCUGACAACUUCACUUGUUAUGUCUUUGGUUGGAUUAAUGGAAGGAAUUCCUUUUGUAAUCACACUAGCCAUCACUUAUUGGAAUAAGAAGAUGCUCUCCGACAAGGCCAUUGCUCAAGAACCUUUGGCUUGUCUUACCAUGGCUUCAGUCACAACUAUCUGUCUUGAUAAAUCUAGUUGGUUAACACUAAAUCCAAUGGCAGUUGAUAUGUGCAGCACAGAGAUGCUAAAAGAAAUAGAAGCUAGGAGAAAUGCUGGAUUUAACAUCAUAUUGGUAUCAGAAGAUAAUGUGUCAGGGUUGGAAGUUUGCGAAGGUGGACUGCUUCCCGACUCAAAUAGGAUGGUCCUCGAAGGUGAAAAGUUUCUCAAUCACAGCCCAGAUGAGAGGAUGAAUAUUGUAGAUAAAAUCACUGUGAUGAGAAGCUCUUUCCCUUCUGAUAGGCUCCUUCUGGUGCAGUGUUUGAAGAAAAAAGGCCAUAAAGUAGCAAUGAUUGGGGUCAAAACAAAUGAGAUUCCAGUACUAAAAGAAGCUGAUGUGGGGAUCGUGAUAGAGGCUUGUAGCAGUGAAAUGGCCAGAAAAAGUGCUGACAUCAUCAUCAGGGAUGGAAAUUUCAAUUUCUUGGUCACCAUUGUAAGUUGCGGAAAAUGUACUCAUGACAACAUAAGGAAAUAUAUCCUACUUGUACUCACCAUGAAUGCUGCAGGGCUGUUGAUAACCUUGCUAACAACGAUAUGUUUUGGAUCUUCUUCAAUAACUUCAGUCCAGUUGCUCUGGGCAAACUUCGUUGUAGCCCUUCUUGGCGGCCUUGCACUACUGACUGAGCCACCAGCAGAGACACUAAUGGAGAUGCUGACAAUGAGACGAACUGAACCACUUAUCACCAAGCCUAUGUGGAGAAAUCUUGUCAGUCAAGUUCUUUAUCAGGUAGCCAUCUUACUGGCCUUCCAAUUUAAAUGGCAAGCUAUCCUGCACAUCGAAGAGAAGGUUAGUAAAACCAUUAUCUUCAAUAGCUUUGUUCUUUGUCAAGUAUUCAACCAAGUCAAUGCAAGAGAACUGGAGAAGAAGAACGCAUUUAGGGGCAUUCAUCGAAACAUCUUGUUUUGGGUGGCAGUGGGUGUCACUCUGGUACUCCAGGUGGCUUUCAUUGAGAUUGCACAUAUAGUUGGCUGUGCAAGAUUGAAUUUGGUGCAGUGGUUAGUCUGUCUUCCAAUUGGUGUGGUUUCAUGGGCCAUCGAUUACACUACAAAGUGCACAUCAGGCUGCAUCAGGGAUUGGUUGAUUGCACCAAUUAACUCACAUAUGGGAGUCAACAGUAUGACACUCUCUGCUCCCUCAGAACCGACUUUUAAUCUUGAGCUGCCACUCAUCAACGAAAACUCCACACCCGUUUCAUCUUAAUUUAUGUCAAUUUCCACUUCUUGUA